CCUUCCCCUGAUCCUGCCUGAAACGGGGUUACCUCAGUUUCCUCAUCUGUAAAACAGGGAGAAAAAUGUCCUCUUUACAAGGCAAAACGUGGGUAAAGCGUUUUGUAACGUGCAAAGGGCUAACAUUUAUUUUGGUCAUCAACAACCAGGCCAAGCUUCCUCUCGCAAUUACAGAUUAUGCUCUCUCCCACCCAUCUGACUUGGUCCCUAGUUCCACUUCACACUCAUUUUCUCCGUCCGUCCCCCUCCAGCAAAGAGAGGAAGUGAGAGAAUGAUAAGAGCACGUGCGACUAACCCCGUGUUAAGCCUGCGUCUGGGUAAAGCGCACACUUCACCUCCCCUAGAUGCCGAGAGGCGCCCCCAGCCCAUACUACAUUUCCCAGCAACCCUUUCGCGGUCCCAGCCGCGGAGGCAGUGAAGCGCAUGCGCCACUCGCGGCUCCACCUGGUGUGCAGGCCGUUCCUCCUGAAUCAGUUUCCACUAGCCAAGCCGGCAGGUCCCGGCGCUGCUGCGGGCGCUGUCCUCCCGGGAGGUAGCGGGGCUCAGGUGUGCCUUAGCUGCGGCCAGUGCCAUGAUCCGGCAGGAGCUCUCCACAUCCUACCAGGAGGGCCCAGACCUUCGUCAUCUCCGGUCAGCUUCCUCCCUUGUGCCCCUCACCGUGCCCCCCUCACUUGGAAAGCUCUGGCAGUUUCACACUCUCAGUCCUGCCGAGCUGAGUGAGGAGUUGGAUCAGGUGAUUGAGAACUCAGAGCAGGGGGACAAGCGGGAAAAGGAGGCAGGCGAAGUCCAAGGUCCGGGAGUCUUACCAGUCCUGGACAGCGAGUCCGCCUCCAGCAGCAUCCGCGUCAGCAAGGCCUGCCUGAAGAACGUCUUCUCGGUGCUGCUCAUCUUCAUCUACCUGCUGCUCAUGGCCGUGGCUGUCUUCCUGGUCUACCAGACCAUCACGGACUUCCGUGAGAAACUCAAGCACCCCGUCAUGUCAGUGUCUUACAAGGAGGUGGAUCGCUACGACGCCCCAGGGAUCGCCUUGUACCCAGGACAGGCCCAGCUGCUCAGCUGUAGGCACCAUUAUGAGGUCAUUCCACCCCUGAGGAGUCCGGGCCAGCCAGGAGACAUGAACUGCACUACCCAGAAGAUCAACUACUCGGACCCUUUCUCCAAUCAGACCCUGAAAUCCGCCCUGAUUGUGCAGGGGCCCCGAGAAGUGAAGAAGAGGGAGCUGGUCUUCCUCCAGUUCCGCCUAAACAAGAGUAGCGAGGACUUCAGCGCCAUCGAUUACCUCCUCUUCUCUUCUUUCCAGGAGUUCAUGCAAAGCCCAGACAGAGUGGGCUUCAUGCAGGCCUGUGAGAGCGCCUAUUCCAGCUGGAAGUUCUCGGGGGGCUUCCGCACCUGGGUCAAGAUGUCCCUGGUGAAGACCAAGGAGGAGGAUGGGCGGGAGGCCGUGGAGUUCCGGCAGGAGACCAGUGUGGUGAACUAUAUUGACCAGAGGCCCGCCGCUGAAAAAGGCGCUCAGUUGUUUUUCGUGGUCUUUGAAUGGAAAGAUCCUUUCAUCCAGAAGGUCCAAGAUAUAAUCACUGCCAAUCCUUGGAACACAAUUGCUCUUCUUUGUGGGGCCUUCUUGGCAUUAUUUAAAGCAGCAGAGUUUGCCAAACUGAGUGUGAAAUGGAUGAUCAAAAUUCGAAAGAGACACCUUAAAAAAAGAGGUCAGGCAAUGAACCACAUAAGCUGAAGUCACCCUGUGUUGUUCAUAGGCCUGCCCACGUUAAUGGAAGUUCUCUUCACUUCCACUCUGAUAAACUUGAGCUCCUAUCAAUCCUCUGCUCACUUGAAGAAAUGGGCCUUACUGGGAGGAACAGCCUGUCAAACUGCAGCUUCUAACCUGGCCCAAAAAGAGGCUGUUGAGAGCCUAAUGGAACAGAUCCAAUGGAUUCCCUAAAGGUUAUUUAAGAAUGUAAAUUAUUAAUGAACAUUUCUUGACAUAUGACAUAUGAACAGGGUUUAUGAAGAUGGAAUUAGAUCUCAAGUUUUCUGAUGGUUUGUUGGAACAGCCUUUCUUCUUCUUUGGUUUGGUGCAUAGUUAAGCUCGAACAGAAUAAUUAAGGCUCUACUUUUUUAAGUUUCUUUUCUCUACAAUUUUUAAAGUGGACAGAAGAGAGUGAUUUUCUUUCUCCCUAAAUCCUAUCAGAUGUGUAGGUAACACUUUGAAACCCAGGCACUGUACACCAAGAAAGGUAAAAACCCUUGUCUCUGGCCAUCGUCUGCCAUUUACGUUGGCCAGCCUCUGACAUGCUCUCAUUUGUUGAAUAUUAAGUGAGACUUAAAAAAAAAUACUAGAAACUAGUAAUUCGAUUUCUGGUGGACCAAAUAGCCAGCUACCUAUCUGGCUGGAGUAUUUGUUGAUGCAAGGAAAGAGUUAAGUGAAUAAUACACAAAAGCACUAGGGCAGAUGUACACAGUAGGUCCUACUCAGAGUAUUUUGAUGAUUUCAUUAACAGGUAAAUAAAAGUUAGGUUAAUAUAAAAAGAAUCAGUAUGCCAAUAUGAGUCCCUGCUAACUCAGUACGGCACCAGUAAACUUUCAUUCUGUGACCUUCAAGUAAAAGGCAGCGUAAGCCUGGACUCCUGAGAUGGCGGAUCUGGACUCCUGAGGUACGUCAUGACUGCGUCCCGGGAAGGGCAGGCUGGCCUGGUGACUGAUGGUGGGUGGUCUGGAGGAGAGAUGGAUCA